GUGCAGCCCUCCGUACGUGCCGGCCGCGCCGGGGCUGCGGGGCUGCCAGGAGCGGCGGACGGGCGGCGCUGCGCCGGGCGGUGGGUGCCGGGCGUGCAGCUGGAGGAGCUCGACAGGGCCACAGGACCAAAAUUCCCUGCCUGGCCUUGAGGGAGGCUUCCCUGCUGCUCCCCACCCUUCGUGCUGGAGCUCUCAGGCCCCGUCAGUGCUUACUUGCAGACCUAUAGGUGCAAGUGCCUCUGACCACCAUGGGGGAUGCCAUGGAAGCCAGCCCAGACCAGCAGGACUCCCUGGUCAGCAUGACAGAUGUGUUCCUCAUCUCCCUCCUCAUUGGCCUCUUCACUUACUGGUUCUUCUUCCGCAAGAAAAAGGAGGACCUCCCGGAGCUGCCCAAGAUACAGUUAGCAGCAGCUCCAGUGAGGGACAGCAGCUUCAUUGAGAAGAUGAAGAAGACGGGGAGGAACAUUGUGGUGUUCUACGGCUCGCAGACGGGCACGGCGGAGGAGUUUGCCAAUCGGCUGUCCAAGGACGCGCACCGCUACGGCAUGCGGGGCAUGGCCGCGGACCCCGAGGAGUACGACUUGGCGGACCUGAGUCGCCUGUCGGAGAUCGACAAGUCCCUGGCUGUGUUCUGCAUGGCCACCUACGGCGAGGGCGACCCCACUGACAACGCCCAGGACUUCUACGACUGGCUGCAGGAGGCAGACGCCGACCUGUCGGGGCUGCGCUUUGCAGUCUUUGGGCUGGGGAACAAGACCUACGAGCACUUCAAUGCCAUGGGGAAGUAUGUGGACAAGAGACUGGAGGAGCUGGGAGCCCAACGCAUCUUUGAGCUGGGGCUGGGAGAUGACGAUGGCAACUUGGAAGAAGACUUCAUCACCUGGAGAGAGCAGUUCUGGCCAGCAGUGUGUGAGCACUUUGGGGUGGAGGCUACAGGAGAAGAAUCCAGCAUCCGUCAGUACGAGCUGGUGGUGCACAGGGAGGUGAACAUGGCCAAGGUGUACACGGGGGAGAUGGGCAGGCUCAAGAGCUACGAGAACCAGAAGCCACCCUUUGAUUCCAAGAACCCUUUCCUGGCCCAGGUGACGGUGAACCGCAAGCUGAACGAGGGUGGGGAGAGGCAUCUCAUGCACCUGGAGCUGGAUAUCUCCAACUCCAAAAUCAGGUACGAGUCUGGAGACCACGUGGCUGUGUACCCAGCCAAUGACUCUUCCCUGGUGAACCAGAUUGGGGAGAUCCUGGGCACAGAUCUGGACACCAUCAUCUCCCUGAACAAUUUGGAUGAGGAAUCCAACAAGAAGCAUCCCUUCCCCUGCCCCACCUCCUACCGGACAGCCCUCACCUACUACCUGGACAUCACCAACCCUCCCCGCACCAACGUGCUCUAUGAGCUGGCGCAGUACGCCUCGGACGCCGGCGAGCAGGAGCGGCUGCGCAGGAUGGCAUCCUCCGCGCCCGAGGGCAAGGCCCUGUACCUCAGCUGGGUGCUGGAGGCCCGCAGGAACAUCCUGGCCAUCCUGCAGGACAUGCCCUCGCUGCGCCCUCCCAUCGACCACCUCUGCGAGCUGCUGCCUCGCCUGCAGGCUCGCUACUACUCCAUCGCCUCCUCCUCCAAGGUUCACCCCAACUCCAUCCACAUCUGCGCCGUGACGGUGGAGUACGAGACCAAGACAGGACGCCUGAACAGAGGGGUGGCCACCAACUGGCUGAAGGGCAAAGUGCCCACCGAGAACGGGAGCAGCCCCCUGGUGCCCAUGUACGUCCGGAAGUCGCAGUUCCGCCUGCCCUUCAAGCCCAGCACCCCUGUCAUCAUGAUCGGGCCCGGCACCGGCAUCGCCCCCUUCAUCGGCUUCAUCCAGGAGCGCGCCUGGCUCAAGCAGCAGGGCAAGGAGGUGGGCGAGACGGUGCUGUACUACGGCUGCCGGCGGGAGCGCGAGGACUACCUGUACCGGCAGGAGCUGGCUGCCUUCCAGCGGGAGGGGGUCCUCACCCAGCUCAACGUGGCCUUCUCCCGGGACCAGCCUGAGAAGGUUUAUGUCCAGCACCUGCUGAAGAAGAACAAGGAGAGCAUCUGGAAGCUGCUGAACGAGGGGAACGCUCAUGUCUACGUCUGUGGGGACGCGCGGAGCAUGGCGCGGGACGUGCAGAACACCUUCUACGAGAUCGUGGCCGAGUUCGGCAGCCUGAGCCAGCCCCAGGCCGUGGACUAUGUCAAGAAGCUGAUGACCAAGGGCCGCUACUCCCUGGACGUCUGGAGCUAGGAGCGGCGCUGGCAGGGCCGGGGAGAGAAGCGGCCCCGCGGGGGGUUAGCGCCUGCCCAGCGCCGCCCCCGGCCCGCAGUGCCCCGGGGCCGCUCCCAACCCCUCCUGGGCCCCCGCACCCCCGGGGCAGGGUCUGGACCCGCGGGUGUAGAAGGGGUCGGGAGGGGCAGGGGGUAGUGCCCAGGAGCGUGGGCGGCUCUGGCACCCCGGGGGGCACCUCGUGGCGGAGCUGCUGUGGGACAGGAGGGCUGGGCAGUGCCAGGGGCAGCCCCGGGGACUCCACCUGCACGCUCAAGUGUUGCCUUAGCCCCUGGGCUGGAGCCCAGCCUGGCCUGGGGACAGCCACGGGGUGGAGGAGCCAGCGGCCCCCAGCACUGUGGGUUUGGGGUGAGGGCAUGGCAGGGGCUUGCCAUGGCCUCCCUCACACCCUGUGUGCCCUUUGGCUAAGGGGCACAGAGCUGCCUUGUGCCACCAGCACCCCACAGCCCCCUCACUCCUGUCCCCACUGCCCGCCCUCACCGCGGGGCUUCUCUGCCCUCCAGACGAGCCCUGUCCUGGGGGGGCCCUGCAGCUGGCACCCCCCCCCGUGCCCACCCCCUCCUCAUGCUGUCUGCUCUCAUUUUUUAAAAUGCUGCUUUUAUUUUGCCACCUUUUGUGAUUCAGCCCCGGGGGAGCCCAGCUGUAAAUUAUUGAAAUACAUCUGUCCUUGGAAUACACAAA